ACUCUGUAGAACAAACUGGUCUCGAACUCAGAGAUCCGCCAGGCUCUGCCUCCAAGUGCUGGGAUUUAAAGGCAUGCGCCACCAUGGCCUGGCAAAAGAUGCCUUUCUCUUUAUUCAAGGAAUGGACAAGUUGAGUGGUCAACUCAUUCCAGAAACUGCUGAGUUCUUCUUGCAGCUGGUGCCAUUGUCCUGUGCAAAUAUCCUGGUCUUUUAGGUUUGGGCUCUACAAUAGGUUCGAGGACUUUCGGUUUAUUUCUUAAUUGCAUCUGACUCGGUGUUCCUGGGAAGACGAUUAGUCAAGUCAGUCAUCCAGGAAAACAACGAAGAUCCUGGCGAUAAUGGCCAGAUAAUGAAUUGGUUAAAUUGUAGCAAUCUAAAAGCCUGACCUUUUUUUUUUUUCUUUUAAUAAGUUCUCAGUAUACAAACUACACCUCGGGCUGCCAGGACCUCCUAGUUUAAGUGCGCACUAGGUGGGGUGACAGACAGAAUGGCUGGACAAGCCCCUCUCAAGGCGCCUACACAAGCGGGGUGAAGGGCGAAAAGCCAGCCCCAAGGUCUUGGGGCUUGGAUGAAGCCGCAUCCUUGAAGGGAGGGCAAGGACCGUCGAGAGUGGAGGUGCCGCGGCUGCAGGCCGAUCCUGGAGGUAGAAAGGCUAGCCGCUGCUUGCGGUGGGCAUAACAGAGCGAGUGGCUCAGGACGCCGUUUACUCGGCAGCCUCCAGCCCGCGUCACGAUUUGCGACAGACUGCUUUGCGGCCCGGGUCGCCUCCUGACUUGACUUACGGCUCCUCCUUCUGUUUCGCCUUGGGUGCGGACCUCCUUCCCGGCGUGGCCUGAGCUUGCGCCUCCGUCUCUUCUGCGAGGCCCCCUUCGGCUGCCCGGUAGUGGGACCGAGCUCCUGCGUGCACCGCGUUCCGAGAGUCAACAUGGCCGGAGCCGAGGAAGCGGUCGACGGCGGUGGUGACAAGCGUCCUCCCUUUGCUGGUGGGAAGUCUGUGCUGUGCUUCGGGCAGAACCAGUACACAGCAGAAGAGUACCAGGCUAUCCAGAGGGCUCUGAGGCAGAGGCUGGGCCCAGAGUACAUCAGCAGCCGCAUGGCUGGAGGAGGCCAGAAGGUGUGUUAUAUUGAAGGUCACCGGGUAAUUAACCUGGCCAAUGAGAUGUUUGGUUACAAUGGCUGGGCGCACUCCAUCACCCAGCAGAAUGUGGAUUUUGUUGAUCUCAACAAUGGCAAAUUCUACGUGGGAGUCUGUGCAUUUGUAAGGGUGCAGUUAAAGGAUGGUUCCUAUCAUGAGGACGUGGGUUAUGGAGUUAGUGAGGGCCUCAGGUCAAAGGCCUUGUCCCUGGAGAAGGCCCGGAAGGAGGCUGUGACUGAUGGGCUGAAACGGGCACUCAGGAGUUUUGGGAACGCACUUGGAAACUGCAUUCUGGACAAAGACUACCUGAGGUCACUAAAUAAGCUUCCACGACAGCUCCCUCUUGAAGUGGAUUUAACUAAAGCAAAGAGAGAAGAUUUUGAACCAUCUGUGGAACAGGCAAGAUACAACAGCUGCCGACAGAAGGAAGCACCGGGACCCCCAAAAGCACAAGAAGCAACUUCCCCUUGCAGACCAAGCCACCCACGCGAUUCAGACAUUAGGCUGCAGGGGGCUAAGGACUGCAGCAGCAGCUCCUGCAGCAGUCUGGCCGCCACCGUGGAGAGUGAUGCUGUUCACCAGCGGAAGCUCCGGAAGCUCCGGCAGAAGCAGCUGCAGCAGCAGUUCCGGCAGCAGAUGGGGGUGCCCCUGAAGGGCCACACACCUGCCGCAGAGGUGGAAGCUGAGUGUCAGGCUGUGCUUCCAGCCCCUCCUCCGGAACACAGUACCCCCCAAACUGCUACCUCAGUACUCCUCAGGGAGAGAGCCGCCUGCCCAGCUAACCCUGAAGACAACCUAGAAAUGUGGGACCUGACUCCAGAUUUAGAGGACAUCAUUAAGCCCUUGUCUAGACCAGAACCACCCCAAACCUCUGCCACCGGAACCCUCAACAACCAGGAGGUGAUCCAGGAUGGUGUCCUUUGCCACCAGAUGCCACCAGAAAAACCUGAAGCCGGGCACCUGCAGACCUGCAGCACUCACCAGCAUGUACUAGGUAGCAGAGAUGUGUGAAGAACAAAAAUUAUGGGACACUCUGACUCUCAUAGGAAGAGCCAGGACCUGAAGAAAAGGAAACUUGAUCCAUCCUGAAGCUGGAUUCUGUCAUGAGAAGUUUGGAAAACUGCAGUUUUAUACCUUGGUUUAUUCUGAACUCAUUAGAGGACUUUAGAGCAUAUUAAUGGAGUACUUUAAAGAGGUUGUCAUGCCAUACCCUGUGAUGGGAGGGAGGCCAACAGAUAAGAUGCCUUUCCUUUGGCUCUGCAAGUUUUUCAGAACUAUUCACUCCCAAAUUACUGUAUCAAGAGAUUUUUAGUUUUCAGGCUGCCUUCUGUUGUUUAGUGAUACAGCCCAUCUAAGCACCAGCUUGAUCGUCACCUACAUUCAAUUAAUUAUAUGUGAGCUCAUCUUUCCUUUGGCUUUGGGUUGUUAAUGUUUUCCACUAAGUGCUAACCAGUAAGGCCAUGGCGGUGGUUCAGGAUCACACGUGGAUUCAUUCAUGUCAACAGAAGCCUUCCUUUAUCCAGAUAGAAGUGCCAAGACGUACAGUGGGUGCUUAAGUAUGAUUUAGGUCUUCUCCGUUCUCAGCACUUACCAUGUCCUGUGGUUGUAUGUAGUUUGUAUGCAGCAGGGAGGCCAGCGCGAAUUCUUUUCAACUUUACAUGAUUAAAUUUUAAUAAAGACUACAUCUCAA